AGCAAAACAUAAACAAACUUGGAGACAAUAAGAACACAGAAUAAUCCUCGGUCGCACCGAGGUAGCUUUAUCCCGUCGUGUCAUCUGUGAUUCAGUGAUUCAGUGCCCUCCCCAGUGCAGUCAUCGUUCUUAUCAGUCGUGUUCUACACCACCAUCAGCGUAAGCUCAUCCGCAUCACAAUCACAAUCUGCUGAGGUGGAGUAUCGCAUUUCAGAGUUCAGUCGUACAGUGCGGAAAGUGCAUCGUUCGAGUCAAAUGUGUCCUCUGGGGCGGUGGCAUACUGCGUAGUCUGUGCGUGAAACUAUGGACAAAUUCAACGAGUACUGGGAGCUUCUUUCGGACAAGAGCAUUCACAUUGGCAAGGAGCUUAUUGCGUACUACAAAACGCUGCACGAAAACGAAGAUGGAUCGCCUCUUUCCGAGCAGGGAUGUCACUUUCUGUUGCAGAAUUUGCUGGUCAAUCCGUAUCCGACGUGUCAGUUGUUGCGGCUGCUGGCCACCAGCAAAAUACCCCUGAAGAACAGCACCAUCCGGGAGAUAUGCGACGAGGGCAUGUUGGAUUUCUUGGAGAGUUUCGAGCGAGAGGAUGUUGAUAAGUUCUACAAUUUGAUUGCGAAUAAUCUACUGUCUAGUGGAGCGAUUAAUCAGGCUGUUCCGAUCGUUCUGCGAAUGCUGGAGGAGAAUGUGAUCGACAGAGAGUUGUUACUGUUGGCGUUGGUGUCCAGAAAGUCGCAAAAGUUGUUGAAGCAUUUCCUCAAAAAGAUUGAAACGACUCGGGAGCAGAGGUAUCUUCUGGCAGCUGUUGAAGAUAAGCGGCACUUCAUGGUGGAUGUCUUGAAUAGCAGUGAAGAACUGUUCAACGAUAAGGCUGUUUCCGAUUACGUCCGGUUGUUUCGACUGAUCGUUGGAAUAAAUCAAGGGAAGUUGCUAGCACUAGAUAUUCCACAAGAACUCCGAUUUGCGGAUGGGAGUUUCCUAGGAAUGUAUCUGAAGGAGAUCCGACGAACAGCACUUCUUCAGGCUUUGUUCGAAGGGCAGGAAGUCGAAUGGCAGGCCGAUGAUUAUGCCAAAGAGCCGUCAGUGGUAGCGAUGUACAUGAAAAAGGGCUUGAAGAUACUGCCCUCGCAUUUUGAACAGCUGUCGGAAGCUAUUUCCGAGAACGAUAAGCUGAAUGCGGCCAUUUUGAAAGAUUUCUUACCCGGGAACGAAGGGAAUGUUUAUUACUCGGAAGAUGAGCGAUCGCUUCAAAUGCUGAUGCUCUGGUAUUACGUAAUGGACGUCCUAAAGUUGUCACCGCAGCAGAAAACUUUCGCGGACGUUCUGGAAAGCAGAGCCAGCACCAUUACGGCCGUCCUGAAAUCUAUUGAAAGUAUCGAAACGUUCGUAAGUCUUCUGGAAAACGUGUUAACUCUGCUAUUCGUCCGCUACGAACAUUUACCCAAGAGGUCUCACGGUCAAGUCGGUUUCAUGUGUUCAAACAUGGUCUUGGAGGCAAUCCUAAACAACCUUAAAUUCGUAGCCGCCCAAAGAAUUCACGCCGCAAACUACGACAAUGCCGACGAUAAACUGAAAGUCCGCCUCACCAAAUGCAUCGACAUAAUCAACGACGCUCUCUGGAGAAUCUCGUUAUUCUCGAAUCUUGGAAGCAGCGACAAUCCACCGCUUCAACUGACGGACAUUGACUCUAGCAAUAUCAUUACCAGGCUGCCCGACUUGGUGCAGGAUGAUGAGGACAGCAUCUUCCGCAGUGCCGAAGCCCUUCAGAAUCGAACCAAAAAGUAUUCUACCUUCCCAAAGCGCAAACAUUCCCGAAACGCUCCAAAACCUCCGCACGUAUCGUCCAGUGGAUCCACUGGGACCCGAACCAUGCGCCAUUCUCUUCCGCCAACGAACAAAUUGAGUUCAUCGCUGGACUCAACCAUCACCGAACUAGCGCCGCGACCUCGAAGUCUCAUCCCGAAAAUGCUCGGAUCUCCGGAAAAACUAGCCACAUUCUGCCUGGUCAACAAGAAGCUGGACGAAGCCAAGGCCAUCAUCAGAAGUAAAGAUCUUUCAACAACUGCCGUAGGUCACGAUCUCCACUUCAUGGAGAGUUUCACAAACAUCCAGGAAAAACUGGCUCCCUUGAUCGCACGCUACGAUGCCAUGCAGACGCGCCGGAAUAGCGGUUCCAUGUUGGAGGACAUCCGAUCUAGGACGGCGAUCGGGUUCGAGGCGGCCAAGAUCAUCAGCACGGUGGAAACCUUCUCCAGCGAACAGAGAAUCCGCCAAAGCGAACAGGAUCUUCAGUUGCUGGACAAGUACGGAACGCAGUAUCCGUUUCUGCGGCUGUUCCGUGGAGACAACCUGCGUAAUGUCCACGCCAUGGAUCUCAUGCUGGGCCUGCCGAUGAACUACGAUCUGAGCCUCAAUCUGUACAACCUGGUGUCGAAGAGCCUGGACAAACCGGUGGAAGACAUGAAUGGCGAACGGUUCGCAUACGUGGGUUUUCUGAAGCGGCUGAUCGACGAUAUGCAACUGUUACGAGCCAGUGAAAUCGUUGGAAAGCAACUGGUGACAUUCCAUCGGUUGUUGAGCCAGGAAGUGUGUCCUCUGGAAGCUGCUCAAUUGGGACCACUGCUGGACAGUCGGCGUGCGCUGAUUUCGUCCGGGUCAUUGGAGGACUUCACGGGGGAUGGAAAGGGUGAUCGCUGGGCCGUGUGUAAGAAGAUCCGGAAGUUCGUGGAAGGUGCCGAGAAGUUGAUGAAGCUGUCCGAGGGCGAUGGGAAAUCGUUUUCUUCUAAUGACAUCAUGAGGACGGAUCUGCAGGAAGUGGUGGGGACGCUGGUGUUUGAAAAGAAUGUUUCUUUGGGUGUUUUGGAACCUCUGGUAGCCGGCACCAAUUCGAACUUGGUUCACAUGAUAGUUCAAUACCUUGCCAAAGAGGUUGGCCGCAACUUGGAAGACAGUCCGGAGGCUUUACCAGAUGUCGUCGAGUACGUUUCGGGAAAGAAUGAUCUGCUAGGUGUACUACUGAAGGAGAUUGCUGGCUUGGAUGCAGGGAUUACACUGUUGACAAAUUUGAAGAACCUCUCCUGUGUGAAGAUCUUCGAACCUCUUUACGAUUCGAAAAUGUCGGCAGCGCUGGAUCUCGAUCGCUUUCAGGCGCAGUUACUUCUGAGCCAAGAAAACUGUGGAGAAAUUCAGCGCCUUCGUGCAUUGGAUUACGUUCUUCAGCGAGAGUCUCUCCAAGACUAUGACAAGCUCCAAGAUUUGAGACAUGAGAUCGUAGAGAAUUUGCUGAAGUCGGAAGAUUUGGACCAAGUGAUACCCGUUGAAGCGAUCGUCAAAACAACCAAAGACAUCAAUCGAAAAGCAGAAUAUCUCCUGCACAAUAUCGAUCUCAUUCAGAAGGGUCCAACAGUUCUGGAGUUGAUCAGCAGCAUUCUUUUGUCGCGAAACGUUUCCUCACUGAACGUGGAUUACCGGCAAUCGUUGGAAACUUGGAAGUUCAAGCUGCAAGUUUACUCCGAAUUAGGAGUCGUUAUGGAAAACGAUGAUUGGCGAGCAGUUCGGGACCUCUCGGACAACUCCAAGGUAACCAUCAUGCAACGCUUGAUACAGCAGAAUAUGUACGAACUGUGUUCUCGUUGGAUCAAAAUGCACCCGUUGAAGCCGGCUGAAGACUCUGGUUUGUUCGACAUCUUCACAAUUGGCGUGACAGACGCAUCGCAACGCAAUAAAGACUGCUCAGCGCUUCUGGCCAUAAUCGAAGGGAUGUCCAAACAACACGUGGUGGAUUUCUACGAAUCUACCCUGCUGCGCGUGAGGAGCGUGACAAUUAUCAAGCAUGCGAUCGAGUACCUCGAGAAUAACGGAGAGAACACGAAAAAGUACCAAAAGUACAGGAUCUCGUUGGCGAUCUUCGAUCAUCUUCCGGAAACAGACUCGAACCAUCUUUGGAAGCUCAUCAGCAGGCCGCUCUUGAUCAUAGAGCAAUACCUGAUGAACUCCAAGCUGGAGCUUCUUUCGACUGUGAUGGAGUCCGUUCGACCACUGUUGAAGGACGAAGUUUGCGUCACCUGCUUCGAACAACGCGAAUGUAUUCGUGAUCUUCGCUUACGCCUCAGUGGAUCGAUCGAUUUGGAUGCCACUCACGAUAAUCACUUCAUUACCAACGAGUGCGUCGAUUGUCUGUUGAGAAUCUACGCAGGCAAAGCCCUAGACUACCGCGUAUCGAGUGAAUCUGGAACAUCAGAAGCAUCCAUGCUUAAUACUAGCUUGGAUUUGUCCAGCUUGGAUUCUCUGUGCGGAGCUUUCACCAUGCCAAAGACGGUUCCAACUAAGGACGCCUGGGUUCGGGACGAGGAUGCAUCCCAGUGCAUGUGCUGCAGAAGGAGCGUAUUCUCGAUGCUGAACCGUCGUCAUCAUUGCCGUCGCUGCGGCAGAGUAGUUUGUCAUUCGUGUUCCAAGAAGAAGUUGGAGAUUCCGGAACUCUACGAAAAUGUACCGGUACGAGCCUGUGAAGAUUGUGUGAGGCAGUCCCAAACGACAUUUAGUGCUCCAGCGAAGGCGUCUAACGUGCUGGCCAAUCUUCAGAACCUCGACGAGUGGCAGCUGACGGGAAACGUACGCAACGAUAACAUCAUUCGAGAAGAAUACAGCUAUGAAUACGCUCCAUCCACCAGUCAAUGUCUGGCCAUCUGCAAUCUCCAUAGCCAGAAUGAGGAAUUGUCGAACUUCUUGCUGUAUCAUUGCGCCAAACUGGAAACGUUGCUACGUCCUAUCCGUACGGGAUAUCCUAACCCGGAGUUGGACUACGCUUUGGUAUCGCGAAUGCUGCUGAACCUGACACUGGCGGCCAAGGUUCGUGGACUAGAGUUCUCCGAAGCGGACAAGAUGAAAGAGCAUGCCGAGAUCAUACUUUCGAUCGUGAAAAACGAUUGCGAGUCGUUAUUGCUACAGGAAUCGAUGAGUAGUGCAAAUCUACGGAAGCUGCGGGAUGCGCUCGUUCUGGCGGAAAAGUGGAGUCUUGCUCUGGAGCUGUCCCUGAAAUGUGGAUUCUCAACCAGUGGCGUAAUGGCUGCUUGGGGUACAACUUGUCUACGUGCAGGAUGUUACGAAACGGCACGCGAUAAGUUCUCCUACUGCUUGCAGAAGCUCUCUACGGACGCCGACAAUAGUACAAUCCUAAACUGUAUAGAAUCUCCGGAAACUAAAUUGGCGAACUACAAAACAGCGAUCCCCAUCAAACGUCCUGCGAAAAGUCCACCGCUACUGCUGGAAAUCAUCAGUAUUCUUGAAUCGACGGCACAAGCACAACCUCCGGAAGUUGUCGCCAGAGCCAGUAUGAUCAAGAACUCCAACACUUCACUAUCCUCCAGCAUCCGCAAGAAAACCAAAGAUAACAUUCCACUUCACGAGCCUGCCCUGAACAUCCUGAACACGCUCUCCAAUCUGAAGCACAUCACCAAAGGCAACUACACCGACUUUCUGCCAGAAAAACGAGCCCUUCGCAGUAAGGAUACCUCCCUGACCAGCAGCGGAAACUCUUCCGAUUAUCUGCAGACCUUGGACUGCAUUAUGAGCACUAGAUACUUCGAAGAGUCCAUGUAUUAUCUACUAACGUACGGAGCGCAUCAGGACGUGACGAACUUCCUGAUCAAACAUCGCCAAAUCCUGCCUGCCAUGAAGUACGUGCUGAUGCAGCAGGUUGAUCCGGAGGUUAUGCUCCAAACGAUCAUCCUGCCAUACUUGAAAACCGGUCGCCUCGAAACCGUCAUCCAGGUGAUGAGCAGCAUGGACGAAACGCUACUCACCUGGAGAGCGUACAUCAUCUACAGCUGCCGCUACCUGGAAACGAACCGGAUGUUGAACUGCCUGUAUAACCUACAACUACUACUAGGCGACCCGAUCCGGGCCAGCAUGACCUGCGUUCGGUUCUACUCGAUGGACGCGAAGAACUUCACCGAUCUGGAGGCGAACACGUUCCACCUGAAGAACAGCGCCGCCCAUCUGCAGUCGGAGCUGGAGUCGUGCAACUGGGAGGAGAUCAGCGUGGAGAGCUUGGGCGUGCGGGGAGGCGAAACGCACAAGAGCCUGCUGAUGAAGAUGGAACCGAAGGAGCUGAACAACCACAUCAACACGAUACUGCGCCAGCUGGAGGUGGCGAAGUUCCUGGCGAACUGCGAGGCCCACGGGAAGGACGUGGUGGGAUUGCUGCCGAAGCUGUUCAUAGAAUACCAUAAAAUACCGACCCUGUUCGGUACGGUUCACGAGAAACUUCAACUGGCGGUACUGAUACUGGUUUGCGGCAAGAACAUUGAGGAAGGUUUCGGACUUUCGUAUAGAGUGAUCCAGGACUUCAACCUGAACAGCAUGCGGGUGUACAGCCUGACGGCCAAGUACUUCAUCGGAGAGUCGCAGGUCGAAGAGGUAGAUCGGUUGUUGCAGGCUAUCGUUAGUAAUAGUGCCGCCACGGUCGAUACCAACAGUUUCUGCGACGAGCUGAUCAAGAACGCGGUCGAGACGGCCAUCUCGAUCCACGGGAGCAGUUCGCACGUGAAAUCGUCGCUAGAGGGACUGAUCAAGCGGAUCAGCGAGGUCGGGCUGAAGAUCCAUUGCUACAUUAUCACUGGGCAGUUGAAGACGGCCUACCUGUAUGCGAACAAGCAUGGACGGAUUGGUGAUAUUAGGAAAAUUUUACGUCAAUCGGAGGUUCUGAACCAAGUGCACGUGAAGAGGCUGUGUGAAUCGAAGCUGGCCGCCGAGGGUGGCGGUCUGCGGAAGUAGAAUAGUUACAUGUGUUAUAGAAGCAAUAUUUUACGUAUGUUGAUAUUAUAUUACUGUUAAGUGUAUUAUCGAAAGAAUAAAUCAAUAUCGUUUUUUAUUUGAGCAAA